AUGUUGUUAUUAUACUCCAAUGGGGAUAUAUGCAUAGAAACAGAGUUAUAUUCAAAUGAAAAAAAAUUAGAAGUUAAGAAUGACCAAAACUUUCAUAUAAAUUUAGAAGAAGUUGGAUUGGUAUAUUUUAGAGAAAAAGAUCAAAGCAAAUUUAUAGGAAAGGUAAAAAGAGCAAAUUAUGUAGGCAAAGGUGUGAUAGUAACAUUAGAUGGAGGUAUGUAUGAAUCUGAGUAUAAAGCUGGAAAAUUCGAUAGAGGAAACUAUAUAGGAAGAUAUCAAAUUCCAAAAAUGGAUGAAAGAUUUUUUAAAACAAAAAAUAUUUUUAAUAUGGAUAAAAAAUUAAAUGAUAGGAAAAAAGUACCAGGGUAUUCGAAAGCAGAAAGAUACUGGGAUAUGAGUCUAGAAUUAGAGUAUUUCAAAAAUAGUCAGUUACAUGAAGACGAAAAAGUUAAUAAAUUAUUAAAGGAUUUAUUAAAGAAUUGGGGUUUGGAUGAUUAUUUUGAGAUAAUUCAUAAGAGGUUAUCAUUAGAAGAUUUAUUACUUUCUUCCAAGCUUUUAUCAGUUAAUGGUAUUGGUAAAGCAUUAGGUAUCAGUAAGGUUGGUCAUAGAAUAAAGCUAGCAAACUGUAUAAAACAGUUUAGGUUGGUUUUUGCACCUUUAUUUCUACCUAAAUAUAUUAGAAAUCCAACAGAAUUUGGGAGAAUUACUGGAAAUUUUCUUCCCCCAUUAUUUAUUUCAAGGCCUCUAAAUUUCUAUAGCUAUUCUGGAAUUAAUAUCCCCUUUGAGCAAUUAAUUUUUCUUAGAAAAUUAGAAAGGACAGAUUUUCCAUGUAAAUGUAGUAAGGGAGCUUUUUCUAGUAGUUCAUGUUGUUAUCUUGGAAAAUGGCUUGGAAAAGAUAUUAUUAUUAAAGUUUUUAGAGGAAAAAUAUUACAAUCAAAACUAUGGGAAAAUACUUGCAAGCUUAUUUGGUCUCUACGACAUCCUUGUUUAGUUUUGACUUUAGGAUUUUGUCACUACUCCCCAGAUAUACAUUGUGUAAUAACAGAAUAUAUACAUAAUGGGUCUCUCCAAAAGCUAUUAUAUAAAGGAACAUGUAUUUGCAUGUAUAAUUGUGUAUGGAGAGAUUCUGAUCCUAAAUCUAUUAAAAUCAACUUACCACCAUAUUAUUAUAACUUGAAAGAUGCAAUCAAGAUCAAUUUAAAAAAAGGAAGUCACAGUCAAGUCAAUAUAGACCCUGAAUCCAGUUAUUAUAUACCAAAUCUGGAUUUUAAUCCAAAUUUAAAUAUUGGCUUGGAUAUUAUUGCAGGUUUAGAAUUGAAUGAUAACUCAAAUUCAAAGAUAUCUGAUUUGAAUCUCAUUUUAAGCACAAAUUCAACUAGUCAGGAUCCAUCAUAUUGGCCAACAAUUCCGGAAUAUAAUUCAUCUUUUGGAAUUCAUACUCAAAAUGCUAUUAAAAUUGCCAAGGGAAUAGUAACUGGGUGUUUGUACUUAAAACAAAGAGGUUUAUUUCAUCUUAGUCUAAAACCUACUAAUAUAUUGGUAGAGGAAGAUUUAUCAGUUAAGCUUGCAGACUUUGGACAUACUUUAUUAGAAGCUUCUUUUUAUCCUCCAGGUCAGGUUUAUUUAGAUGCAACAGUAAAUAACAAAGUUUUAACUCAUACAAAUUCUAAUUCAAGUUUUGAUUUUUCAAAUAUAAAUCAGUUUCCUAUUGAAGAUGGAUUUUCCUUUUUAAAUCAAAUUUCUAGCUCUCCAAGACUAUCAGACAAUAGAAUCCUUAACUAUUUGCCUCCAGAAAUUCUGAAGACUAAUUCUCCACUUUUAGAACCUGCAAAACUUUAUCUAGAAAAUAAGCUUGAACAGUGUCAAUCGAUCGACUCUUACUCCAUAGGUACAAUUCUUUGGGAAAUGAUUAAUGGUCAACCUCCUUUUGCUGGACUUGGAAAUCUUCAAGUUCAAGCCUAUGUUGGAUAUUCUGGAGCCACACUAGAUCUUAAUCCUGUUAAGGAUUCUCUUCAGUUCAGUAAUGUAUCACUUAUCCAGGGCCUUAUUUCAAGAUGUUGUGGGUUUUCUAAUUUGUCUCAUAACUUCUACCUACGAAAUAUUGGUAAUCACACAUCAAAGCGUCCUAUUAUUUCUUCACUUCCUUUUCCUCCUUCUUCCUCUUCUUCUUCCUCUUCUUCUUUAUCUUCUUGGUCUUCUUCCUCUUCUUCUUCUUCUUCGUCUUCCUCGUCUUCCUUAUCUUCUACACUUUUUGUUCAAAAGAAGAUAAAUUUUGCAUUCCAAGUAAAUAAAGUUGGUUUGGAAAAGUCUUAUAAAAAGAGGAUUUCUAUUAUUCAAAUCUUAAAAGAGCUUAAAGCAAUAGAAAAGAUGGUCACGACAUCAACAGAAGAUUCAUUAGCCAGAUUUAUGACAGGAGAAUAA